UCAUGUCAGAUUGAUGUUUCGCCACGUAUAAUGUGGUGUAGUAGGAUUGUGCAUAACACGCAUAGUAGAAUGGGGCCUUACGAAGGGGGCAAGUCUGUGUAGCUGCUAACUGUAAACACACGACAACUGAGACAGGAUGGACGAUUCGGAGAUGCAGGACGACCAACAAGACGAGGACUGGUACCAGAACGACCUACAGCUGGCAGCAGAGUUAGGGAAGGCCUUGUUGGAGAGAAAUCGUGAACUAGAAGCUCAGGUUAUCCAGCUCCAACAGAUCAACAAUGAACAAAACAUGGAAAUUGAGUAUAUCACACGUCAGUUGGAGACGGUCAGGGAUAGCAGUGAGUCCCGUAUGCGGAUUUAUGAGGAGCUGGACAGAACGUCACAAGAACUGGAAAAGACGAACCAGAGACUACUUAUAGACGGAAAGACCGACAAACAGAGAAUAGAGAAAUUGAUGAAAACCGUUCUGCAGUUAGAAGAGAAAUGUGACGAUUUAGAAAAAAAGGUCGAAGAAAUGAAAGCAGAAGAAAAACGUUUAAAGCAGAAACAACAAAAGCAGGACAAUCGACGGGCCGUGAGUUUGGCAAGUCUACGCGAAAAAGAACGAAAUCCGUAUCUAAAAGAUAUCCUCAAUGAGGAUUGCCACUGGACUUACAACAAUCAGUUCAAGAAACUACCUCUAAAUCCUUACGAACAGGAAAUCAAAAAUCUCCAGGAAGCAGUCAAACAGCUUAAAGCACAGGCAUUAAUAGACAAAAGGAAAAAAGAAGAUCUGGAAACUGAAGUUUCAUUGUUAUGGGAGGAAAAUUCAGGUUUAGAAAAGAAAGUGAGGUGUUUAGAAGAGGACGUGAAAGAAAACAGCUAUCUGAAGUUUGAAAUACAACGGCAAAAGCUGAAUCUCGGUAAAUACUGCAAAAAGUGUUCUAAUGACCUAGUAGAGUUGAAAAGUGCUAUUGAAAAGGAAAUAGAACCAGACGAACCGCAAGUUGGCGCGGGAAAACUGGUUCGAUUGGAAAGCGGUGGAAGUGUGUAUGGGAGUACAGAGUCGCUGAACAAAAUUGUCCCUGAUAUUCAGGAAGUUUCUCCGGUAGAGGACCUUGAGGCCAGUAGCGUCUCUAUUCUAGACGAACUGGAAACACAGUACAAAAACUUGUUCAAGAAAUACGAAGAUCUUGUACAGAAUAAAGGCAGACGGCCUGGUAGUUUCCACGAGAGCGAGACUUUUGAUGAAGCUCUUCACAAACAAUUAGCGGUGUCCCACAAGGAGGUCCAGACUCUUCUGAAGAUGCAGAAGACGACAACCACGUGCGACACGGCGUCGUCUGCUGAAGAAGAACCUAAUCUUCCUCAUUAUAAAUCUCUUUUCCGGGAUAUCUUCGCUACGCUGAAGCAGACGAGAAUUGACGAGUCCUCGGAACAACCCCCUGCUACAAGUCCGCAUUCCGCUGAGCCUAAACCGCUCGCAUGAUUUUUUUUUUACUGUUUUUUGUUACAUAAUCUAGUCAUAUUUCGUCAAUCAGUAUUUUAGAUGGAUCAAAAAUUCAAAACAUAAUCUACAUUCGUUAGUUUAAUCGAACAAGUUCUUUAUCAAGAAACACGGAUACAUUUACAUUCAAUAAAAUUUAAAUCAUUUAUAGAAACAAAGUUGAUAUGAGGUAAUCCAUAGAUGAAAACAAAUUAACAUGCAUUGUUGAUGGGUGUGUAAAUACAGUUAUAAUACCAUAUACUAGAUGAUUUCCAAACGUAUAUUUAAAUGUUUUGAGGGAUGAAGUUGAAUUAAUUUUUCUUUCAUUUCACCAAAAUUUCGGGUAAAAAUACACGUGUGUAAAUUGUGAUAAUGUAUAUAUUAGAUUGUCAAUUUAUAGACUCCGUAGUCGUCUAAAUAAAGUUCCCACGGCGUUUAGAAGUUGCUGUUUAUUAAAUGUAGCGAGUUUUACAUUUUAUGACUGCCAUGUUUUCAUCUAGAAAAUAUUUAAUUUAUUAAAUGUAAAUACACACGUUCACUUCAGCAUUAAUUUUUGUUAAGGAUGUGUGUGUUGUUUGUAUGUGUACUAAUUUAACAAAACGUAUACUGUUAUUUGCAUACUUUUUUUGUUUGUUAUUUUUUUACUACCUUUUUGUUGAGAUACAUACUCUACAAAUGAUAUUGUAGUGUACCUUUUAGUAUUCACAUUGUUGAGAAUUAAAUGUAUUAUAUCUUGUCGAGUGCAAUCAAUGCAUGUUGUUUUGUACCUAGAUACAAUAAAGCUGAUGUUGGUACAUGUA